GUGACAGCAGAGCUGCAGUCGUGACAAGUCUCUCUGUUUCUCUCUAAGAAACAUUCGACUGAAUCCAGCAGCUUUAUCUCAACAACACAGAAGAAUCUCUGCAAAACACAGAUUGUAGACAUGUCUGCUGCCAGCUGUCUGCUGACUGAAGAUCAGUUGCUGUGCUCCAUCUGUCUGGAUGUGUUCACUGAUCCAGUCACCAUACCAUGUGGACACAACUUCUGUAAAGCCUGCAUCUCUGCACACUGGGAUAGAAAUGUCCCAUUAAAGUGUCCCAACUGUAAUAAGGUCUUUUUCCCAAGACCUGAGCUGCUGGUCAACACGUUCAUCUCUGAGAUGGCUGCUCAGUUCAGACAGUCAGCUCAACAGAAAGCCAGCAGCAGGAGCUCAGAGCAACAAGUGGUCAAACCAGGAGAAGUUCCCUGUGACGUCUGCACUGGAACCAGACUGAAGGCCCUGAAGUCCUGCGAGGUAUGUCUGGAGUCCUACUGUGAGACUCACCUGGAGCCUCAUCUGACAAAGAAAGGCUUAAAAAGACACCAGCUGAUCGACCCUGUGGAGAACCUGGAAGGCAGGAUGUGUGUGAAGCACGAUAAACUGCUGGAGCUGUUCUGUAAGACCGACCAGGUGUGUGUCUGCAUGCUCUGCACCUAUUCAGAGCACAAGACACAUGAUGUUGUUCCUCUGAAAGAAGAAAAUGAAGGAAAGAAGGCUGAGCUGGGGAAGACAGAGGCUGAAAUUCAGCAGAUGAUCCAGAAGAGACGACUGAAGAUUCAGGAGAUGAAUCACUCAGUGGAGCUCAGUAAGGAAGGAACAGACAGAGAGAUAGCAGAUGGUGUUCAGUUCUUCACCGCUCUGAAGGAGUCUGUUGAGAGAAGCCAGGCCGAGCUCAUCGUCACGAUCAAAGAGAAGCAGAGAGAGACAGAGGAACAGGCUGAAGGCUUCAUCAAAGAGCUGGAACAGGAAAUCUCUGAGCUGAAGAAGAGAAGCUCUGAGGUGGAGCAGCUCUCACGCUCUGAAGACCAGCUCCACCUCCUCCAAAGCUUCACGUCCCUGAACGCUGCUCCACCCACCAAGAACUGGACAGAAGUCAGGGUCCGUCCACCUUCAUAUGAGGGGACUGUGAGGAUAGCUGUGACUCAGCUGGAGGAGACGCUCAGUAAACAGAUGAAGAAGCUGCUCCCUGAGGUGGAGCUGAAGAGGGUCCAGCAGUAUAAGGUGGAUGUGACUCUUGAUCCUGAUACAGCACUUCCCUAUCUCAUCCUGUCUGAUGAUGGAAAACAAGUGAAAGAUGGUGUUGUGAAGAAGAAUCUCCCAGACAAUCCAGAGAGAUUUGAUUUGUGUCCUUGUGUCUUAGCAAAGCAGAGUUUCUUUUCAGGAAGAUUCUACUACGAGGUCCGGGUUAAAGGGAAGACUAAGUGGGAUUUAGGAGUGGCCAGAGAGUCGAUCAACAGGAAGGGAAUCAUCUCAGGGACUCCUGAGGAUGGUUACUGGGCGAUAGUGUUGAGGAAUGAAAAUGAGUACCAAGCUCUUGCUGAUCCUCCAGUCCGUCUCUCUCUGAAGUCUCAGCCUGAGAAGGUGGGGGUGUUUGUGGAUUAUGAGGAGAGUUUGGUCUCCUUUUAUGAUGUUGAUGCUGCAGCUCUGAUCUACUCCUUCACUGGCUGCUACUUCAAAGAUAAACUCUACCCAUACUUCUGUCCCUGUAAGAACGAUGGUGGUAAAAACUCUGCCCCUAUGAUCAUCUCUCCUGUCAAUCACACUGAGUAGAGUAGUCUAUCAUUGGGGAAGUGCAUUGUAUAUAUUUUUGAUCUUUUAGCUUCUGAUUCUGUAAUUUUGAAUACGAAGAAUUAACUUAGUCCUUGAAUGUAUGGGUGUUGAUCUCAAACUUUGAAUUAGCUCCUAAUCAUAUAUUAUAUUUUAAAUAUUGUAAUUUAGGGGAACCUAUAAGAGAUUGUUAUCUGGUUUAUUUCAGGGCACAUUUAAGGAUUAUUUUUUUAUUUAUAUUUUUACACUUUUUUUGGAACAUUCUGAUUGUAUAAUAUUCAGCUGCAGUGGUUUUACAAAGCGAAGAAGAAAAAGUGGUGUUUCAAUCUGUUAUUUUCAUUUCAUAUUGUCCAACUCUCUACAGACUAUUUGUAUAGUUUAAACAUAUUCUCAAUUAAAUAAAAAGCUAAAUAAAUUUC